GGCAGUUCGCUGUUAACAACCAAGAGCCACAUGAUCAGCUGUGAUAGUGAGGAAACUGAAACCUUGUGUGUGCUUUGCGCAAUUCUUUUCCUGUUUACAAGGGUUAGUGUACUUAAAAAUGAAAAUUUUGACAAUUUACUCACUCAUGUUGUUACAAACCAGUAUGCAUUCACAAUAUGUACUCUUCCGUGGAACACAAAAAUAGAUGUUAGGCAGAAUGUUAGCCUCAGUCACCAAUUACUGUCCUUGUUUGGGAAGAAGGAUGCAAUGAAAGUGAAUGGUAACUGAGGCUAACAUCCUCCUUUUUUGCUCAACGAAUCAGUUUUGAACACCUGAAGAGUGAGUAAAGGAUGACAGAAUUUUCUGUUUUUAAUUCUCACAGUUGAAUAUAUUUGCCUGAUUUGCAUUUAUGUUUAAACCCUGAUAUCAUCCAAAAGAUUACCUUUUUUUUUUAAAUAAAUGAAUACACAAAACACCCAUUUCAGCUGCAUUGAUUUAGUAAAAAGAGAAGCAAUCGCUUCUGCUAAUUCACAAUUAAUUGGAAUCUAAUACUUGGGUAUGUCAAAUCUUUUAGAAAAAGACAAAGCCAUUCAUGAUUCUAUUUAACUUAUUAUUCAGAAAACAUACAUGGCUGUAAACAACUACAAGCAGAUCAGGUGUCAAGACGUUCUAGGUGUCAGAUUUAGAUUUAUGCCUUACUUGAGCUUUUUAUAGUGAUUUGAUAUGGCAGGAGUUAUUUGUCACGUCUCUGAAGCACCAAAAUAAAUCGGUAGGUCUCCUGAAGGCGGGCUGAGUUCGGGUUCAGUAAAGUCUCAACCCCUCUGUCAUGUCAACGUGCACACUGCUGCUGGUGUCUCAGGCAGGCUGUGGGCUCAACGAAUCCCUUCAGCCCUGUGAUUCCUCUUUGCAAACACGCAUCUCUUGUUCUUGCAGACUUUGUGGAGAAAGCAAACAUAUGGGAGAAUGUUUGGAGUGUUUCCCUUAUUCUGACCUUUGCCAAUCUUUUGGAGAAGGGAAGUCUUUUGUUCAAAGCAACAUUACUAAAUACUUGGAAUCUGCUGCCUUUUUUAUAAGUGAGCCGUCGGAGGUAAAUAUGCCUGCUGAAUUGUGCUUUGGUCAUUCUGAGGUCUCUGGACAAGGAGAUCCAAAAAAGGAAAGCCAGUCUUUAGAACAUGCUACUGAAUUGUGCACAGAACAGGAAACGCCUAUUGACUCCUGUGUGCAUCAGAAGUUCAUUGGGCUGAAUGAGGCAGAUGGACUUUGCAGUGAAAAUGGUCAAAUCGAUGGUGAAUUUUCAGAUCAGCAUGAUCAGGCUGGUUCAUCUGGAUACAGCUCUUUGUUGGACAGCUGCUCUGAGCACAGUGAGUCUUUUGAAGUAAGGUCUUCAGUUGACUUGGUUGAAAUGAGCCAAAGUGAUGAACUAAGCAUUGCUUUUGAACCAAAUGAUCAAAGUGAGAUUUCUGAACAUGAUGCUGAAGAAUUAACUUUAUCUGAAUUGAGCCUAGAUCCCUGUGAAUCUUUUCAACAAGAUUAUCUUGAGCAGUCAACUUUAUCUGAUAUGAGCACAGAUCCUUGUGAUUCUUGUCAACAAGCUGAUCCUGAGCAAUUAACGUUAUCUGAUAUGAGCCCAGAUCUUGGUGAGUCUUUUCAACAAGAAGAUCCUGAACAGUUAACUUCAUCUAAGAUGAUCCCGUAUCUUUGUGAGUCUUUCCAACAAGAUUAUCCUGAGUGGUUAAAUUUAUCUGAGAUGAACCAAGACCUUUGUGAUCCUUUUCAUCAAGUGCUUCUAGAGUCCUCACAAAUAGAUCCUUCAGAUCAUGAAACACAUUCUGAAUGUGACUCAGAAUAUCAGGAAUCCACAGAACAGUACAGUGGUUUUGAAGAAGAGGGUGCCAUUAUCUUGUCUGGGCUAUACAAUUUAUCUGAUCAAAACUCUGUAGUUGAACUAGAUUCUGAAGACUGUGAGACAUCUAAAAAGUCUAAGCCUAACAAUCAAAACAAUCCUUCUGAAUGCCAUUCCAUACAUUUUGAAUCCCCUGAACUGUGUCAAGUCUCUAAAGAAAGUAUGCCAUUUGACCACUGUGUGUCCCUUGAGCAAACACGGCUUAGUGGGCAAACGGACACCACUGUUGAGAGAGCCUUUCUAAACAACCCAGAGUGUUUUGCUGAACUGUUGAAGAGUACUGAUUGUAGCCGAACCUUUAAUGUCCUGACUGAUGGUACUUCAGUGGGAAGUCCACCAUGUUACCAACUUUCUGGAGACUCUACUGUAUGUGUUAAGGCUCUAGAACAGUGCACUGGCUGUGGAAUGUACUUUGAGAAAUGUGCAGAACUAUGCAGUCCUGACCAUUCAGAGAGCCCACAUCAAAGCAAACUUGCUGAAAAAUGCCAUGAAAUGUGUUAUUCACUAAGAACCCAGUGCUCUGUCUUUCGCAACUCUGAACUCCCUAAAGAAGAUCUGCCUAAUAAUAGCACCAGGACUGAGGUUAGGAAACCAUCAGAGUGUGAUGCCAUAUUUUCUGGAUCAAUGGAAAAUUUUGAGUCUCGGUGGCUUUCGCAAUUUCUUACCGAUCUUUUGCGACACAAUCAAGAGUCGGAUCUUAGUGCAGAACAUAGCAAGUCAAAGGAAGUGUUUGAAACCCCUGAAGUUGGGGCAGAUUUUAAGCCUGAAGUUCAAGAUUUGGAUAACUGUAGGAAGCUCUGUAAAAUGUGUGAAGAAUGUUAUAAAGGGGGAUAUUGUAACAAUGAAUCUCCUCAACCUUUUCACCUUGGUGGAGAUGAGGAUAACAUUCUUGAACUCUACUCAAAUGUGGAAAUCUCCAUGGAUGAAGUCACCAAAGUAGAAGGUUCUUCAGAUGAAUCAAGCGAGGAGGACUAUGCUGACUGCAUUGAUGGCAAAAGCCAGGGCAGUUCUGAAACCGAUGAAUCGUUCAAAAGUUGUGUCGAUGAGUCAGAAUCAUUCGAAAUCUUUUUAGAUGAAGGGUGUGAGAAGGAAAAACAUUUUGGUCUUCUUACAGAGGAUGAGACCUCUGUUCAAACUCAACAUUCACAUGAGUACCCUGAUGAAGGUGAUGAUAAGACCUUUGACACAUACACUCAGAAAGUCUUGGAUGCUUCUGAUGAAGAACAUGUAAUUGUUUUUGAGCAACAAGUCAUAGGAGAGGAAAGCAAUAAAACAUAUGCUGAGGCUCUUUCUGUUGGAUUCGCUAUUAAACCAAGUCAAAUCCAUGAACCUAAACAAGACGAGGUCUGUGAAACUCAAGCCUGUGGGCCUAAUUUUAUUGUGGAGAGUUCCACACUGUAUUCUGAGGAAGGCAAGGGCAAUGAACCUUGCCCUAAAAAUGGAGAGGUCAUUGAACCCAAUGGUAAUAUGCAUGUGCAAAUGACCUGGGUUGGAGCCGGAGGAACUGAAGCAGUGGUAGAAAAUGCUUUUGAGUGUUUUUUGGGAGUUGAUACUUUGGAAUCCCUUGAUGAAAAACAUACAUUGUUGGAAAAUGAGGUUGAUCAGAACUUAACUGAACUUUACAGAUCUGAAAACAAGGAAAUCAUAGAAGAGCUUGGAUCUGUAUUUGGGAUCUAUGAAAAUCAGACUGAGGAUAUCCUUUUUGAAACAGAGGGGGCUCAUGGACCUUGUUGUGGAGAGAUUGAAACUACUGAAGAUGAAGAAACAUCCAUAUUUGACUUUGAAGAUUUUGUGACAUGUGCUGAGGAGAACAAUGAUGGCAGAGAGACGCCAAAUGCUUGUCAGCAACUUCUCUCCAUAUCAUAUGUUUUUGAGGAACAAUCAAACACAGCAAUUGACACUCUUGAUAUUUGUGAACCAGUUUGUCAGCAGGAGACAUCAGAGGCCCAUUCUGAGCCAAAAAACAUCUCGGAGCUCCCCCAUCCCCCUGGAACAGAUGGUCUGUCAGAGCAAAAGAUGCAAAAUGAAAAAUUAGAGCAACUUAUACAUCAAGUUGCAAUAAGAGAGGCACCUGAACAGUGUGAGCAGGAAGGAUACUUUAAGUCUGAGCAAAAAAAGACAGAUUCUGAACAGAGUGAUGAGGACAGUGAGGUAUCUGAUGAUGAAGAGUAUCCAGAGAUCUGUGACUGUGAAUUCUGUGUUCCACCCAUAGAUCAGGUCCCAGCCAAACCACUUCUUCCACAGAUAAAGUCUAAAGAUGUAGGGAAGAUCUGUGUAGUAAUUGACCUGGAUGAAACACUAGUCCACAGUUCAUUCAAGCCGGUGAACAAUGCUGAUUUUAUCAUUCCCGUGGAAAUUGAUGGAACAGUACACCAGGUAUAUGUGUUGAAGAGACCUCAUGUCGACGAGUUCCUUAAACGGAUGGGGGAACUGUUCGAGUGUGUGUUAUUCACUGCAAGCUUAGCCAAGUAUGCUGAUCCCGUCUCAGAUCUGCUGGACAAGUGGGGUGCUUUCCGAAGCCGGCUCUUUCGGGAAUCUUGUGUGUUCCACCGUGGAAACUACGUCAAAGACCUGAGCCGUCUAGGCAGGGAUCUAAACAAAGUCAUCAUUGUGGACAACUCACCAGCCUCCUACAUCUUCCACCCAGACAAUGCUGUACCUGUAGCCUCCUGGUUCGAUGACAUGUCUGACACAGAGCUGUUGGAUCUCAUCCCUUUCUUUGAGAGACUCAGUAAAGUGGAUAAUGUCUACACUGUACUCAAGCAGCAGAGGACUAAUAGCUAGUAUGACACUAGGGGCAGCUAUCAGUAUGGGGCCAGGGAGGCUGCUGUGCUCAGAGCACCAUGCUGCUUCCCACUAACAGGACCAGCCACUAGCUCAGUCCUCGUCACCUACCCAGAAUUCCAUUCACAGGAUGUUUGACAAGAGAAAAAGUCGUCGAAUGACAGAACUGUGAAGGACUGCUUUAUCAAAUGCAUUUACACAGUUAAUUGAUUGUUUUAACACUUGAAUGAGUUAAUCUCUCAACCUGUCAAUAUCAUGUCCAGCUUACAUUAUUUUACCCCAAAACCAAAAGAAAGAAGAAAGUUUAUUUUGCUUAAAGAACGAAAGACAUUAUUAUUUCUAAUAAUAAUAAUAAUAAUAAUAAAAUCUGUUUUACAGUAAUAAGGAUCUAAUUAGAAUAACCAUUAGGAAUAAUGGGAAUUAAAGUGCAUAUGUAAAACAUCAGAAGUAGAAGUAUUUUGGGGAGAAAUGUGCCAAAUUAUCUUGGAAAUGAAUGAAUGAUAUAUAUUCCUUAGAGAGAUAUAUAUAUAUAUCAGAAAUUCUUUUUUGAUUUUGGGGUGAAACGUGACCUGGAAAUUAUUUCUUGAGAUUUAUCUCAUUUUGUGUUAUUCCUUCUUUGCAAUGCUUUCAUUUUCAACGUUGAGGAAAGCCCUGUUAAAAUGAACAGUUGGUUUAUUGUUCUCUUUGGUUAGUGAUUUGAGAAGACUGCAUUUUAACUUCCUCUUCUUGAGUUUAUAUCUUGAGUUAAACUUCCCUCAUUCCCCGUAUUAAAUGAGUUUACCUCAAGUGCUCAAGUCGGGAUAAAACCAUAAAUGGCAAUCAGAUAGAAAACUAUGCUGUCUCUUUCAUCUUGACAAAAUGUGAAGUUUAUCAGACUUUGAAGCAAGCAUUUAAAAAAAUCAUGUUUUUUUUUUUUUUUUUUUUUGCAUUUUCUAUUUUGAUUUCCAAAUCAGGCAUGGAAAAAAGAGUCAUGAUACACACAGCCAAAUUUAAGUUUUACAAAACAGAUGUGAGAGCUAAAUUGGCCUUGCUUCUAUUGUGUUGUGUGGCCCUUUUUCACUACUAAGGUUAAGCUAAUGCACCUUUCAAAUCACAUAAAGUGUACUUUAUUUUGUCUAAUGCGAGGUCCUUCACCAUGGCCUUAAAUUUACUGUAGCAAAACUGUGUCUGAGAAUGCCAAAGUGGUCUCAUUUACACAAUCAGUUUGUCUGAUACUGUCUAGUUUUAAAUUCAUAACAGUAUGCCAUUUGUGUGUUUAUAUAUUAAUCAAAAGAAGUAAAGAAUACUGGAAUCAAA